CCCACUCAUCGCGCGCCCGCGCAUCGUCGCAUGUGCUUGGAUCGACCAUGUCUGUCUCGAGCUCAGAGCAAGAUAAGAAGAGGAAGUCGAGAUCAGAGGAGAAGAGUGCACGUCGGAAGCGGAGAAGAGAAGAAGGCAGUCGCGAAAACAAGACCAGUAAACAGCGCAAGAGCAGUAAAUCAGAGCGUGGCAGCAGCGGUGCUGGAACCAAAAAGAAAGUGCGGACGAUCUCUGAGCUGGUGAAACUGGUGAUAUCUGGGGAGGUGAAGGUACCCAAGACACUCCGACACUACAUGGAAGAUAGAGUCCAGCUUCUCGACCAGGUCUUUACCAUUCUCUCUGAGGAUGACGUCAGAGGAAUGCUCCCGGACAUACUAAAGGCAAGAACUGUAUAGAUACCUCCACUCGUAAACCAAAGGACACUUUCUUCUGUCUUAUUAGUGUCAAGAUUAGAGGAGUUCCACUGUAAUACAUCAUUGUGUAUAGCUAUUGCAAGUCAAGACGGCUGCCUUUUGUGCAGAGGUAUCUCUAGUGUGAACUGUUGAUGGUGUUGUGCAGGGGUUAAAGUUGCGACAGGUGAGGCAGAUGUGUCUGGAGCAGCUGAAGGCCAUGUCGGGGGAGGAUGUAAUGGACUGCAUUGAGCCGCAGACCUCCACCAAUUCUCUAAAUCUGGACGCUGCAGUGUUAGAACUGCUAGGGAACCAAGCUGCCGGUGGAGAAACUAAACCACAACAGACUGCAUCUGGAGUUGAAGACCCUGUUCCACCACCAACGGCAGCUGGGGGCGACGAUACAAGUGGAGUGGGAGCUCCUAUUAAAGUUACGAGUAUAAAGGAAGGAGAAGAGGAGACUACCGGGACUGAGAUGGGAAGUGCCGGUGAUGAUGGUGGAGAAAUAAAGGAGGAGGUACAAUUCUCUCCUAUUUCGAGAGAUGAGUCACCCACACAGACAAUGGAGUGUGAUACGACCACCUCUGACAUUAGCAGGGAGGAGAGACCCACCACGGUUUGGGAGGAGAAAGGAGAAGAGGAACGAGAGAGUGAGAGAGAUUCCGUGUCCUCGGAGGAAGAAGACGCGAGUUCUGAGAGCGACUUGGACGACUGCUGGUUGUGCGAUUUUCCCGACGAGGUUUCGGAGUGGGCGCGGCUUCGAGAGAUUGGGUUUCGGCAGCGAGCACUCGAGGCCGAGCUGCGCAGCAGAGGGGAGAAGGGGGAGGUGGGGAGGGAGAGGGAAGAGGCUGGGGAAGAGGGACGGGAGGAUGUGGAGGUUUCGCAGGGUGCAAAGGUCGACAAGAGUAAGGCGAUUGAACUGCAG